AUGUUCCGAACAGAGCUUCUUACUGCAAUGGAACGUGAUUCAAGUAACGUGUCAUUAAUAUCUAAUUAUCAAUCAGAUGAUUUGAUUGAAAAGCUGAAGUUGUUGAAUUACGAAAAUCUUCUUUUGAAGUCAAUGAAAAUGAAGCCUUUGAGUAAAUAUUAUUUCACAAAGGCAAAGAAUUCUGGUGAACAAUUCUUCUUAUUUGUGUCAAUAUGUGCUUGGUUGAUACGAGAAACAGGAAAAUCUUUCGAUCCACCUCAAGAAUUUGAUGAUCCGAAUGUUGUUAUCUCGAAAAUUAUUCGCUCUCUCAGCGACAUGGACAUUGCCACAGAUUUUCAGUCGAAUAAACUUAUUUCUGGAGCAGGGCCAAUUUGCGUUUACGUUCUUGAUUGUCUUGCAAGUAAAGUCAUUAAAGUCUCAACAGUGCAAAUUCAAAAGCCACAGAUUAAAAUCGAAGAAAAUUCAUCUCUUGACAUCAUUGAAAAUGAUUCGGAAAUCAUAUUGGAAAAGUUAGAUGAACAAAACAUAAUUGAGAGUGAAAGUGAUGACGAACGCGAACGAAAUUCCAUUUAUGACUUGAAUCAUCUUGAAAGGAAACGUCGUUCGAACAAGGACCCUGUGAAAGUUGAUAGUCUUGCUGACAAUGAAAAUUUCAGACUUGAGAUGGAAAGAGUUUUACCGCAAUUGAAGAUCGUUGUUAAAAGUGACAACAGAGAUUGGCGAACGCAUUUUGAGCAAAUUAAAAGUUUGCGUAACAAUAUCGAGCAGGUUUCUGACGAUGCCCAAAAUCAACUAAGAAAAAUGCAAAAUGAAAUUGUUUUCGCUAUGGAGAAAAUUGAAAGCCGCGAAAAACAUUUGAACAGAGAUUUAAAAGAUUUGAUUAAUGAAUAUAAAACUCUGUCGAUUGAACAUACAAGAGUUAACAACGAAAUUAAACGAAAUGAUAAAGAAAAGUCUGAAAUGGAAGAAAGUCGUGCAAGAUUAACAAACGAUUUGGAGAAUGUCAAGAUUCAAAUGGAACAACGUGGAAAUUCCAUGAGUGAUGGAAGUCCAUUGAUCAAUAUUAAGAAGGCAGUUGUCAGAUUGAAGGAGGAAAUUGCUGAAAUGGAUGUAAAAAUUGGAGUCAUGCAGCAUACAAUGACCAACGAUGUCAUUCGGAAACAAAACCAUUACGCUGAGUUUGAUCUCGGAACAUCAAAUGCUGCUUAA